AUGGGCAAGCGCAAGAAGUCAAGCAGCAAACCCCAAGGGCCCCGAAAGAGGGAGCCUCUUGCAACCACUUUUUCCUGUCUCUUUUGCAACCAUGAGAACUCCGUGGUUGUCAAGUUAGAUAAGAAAUUGGGCCUGGGGGAUCUGUCAUGUAAAGUCUGUGGUCAAAAGUUCCAGACUGGCAUCAAUUAUCUCUCCGCAUCCGUUGAUGUGUACUCCGACUGGGUGGAUGCAUGCGAUUCCGUCGCCAAGGACACUGCCGCUCAAUACGAUGCGCCAAACACUGUCCAGCCCCGAGGUGCUAGCAAGCAGGAUAUUCCAGAACAUGGCGAUGCCUAUGCCGAUGAUGAGUAUUGA